GAAGAAACCUCCAAAUAACAUUAACCAACCAAAUUUUUGUUCAUAAACCGAUUAUAAUAACAAGCUGUUGCUUUCAAAGUUUUAUGAUCAGGAUUAGAUCGGGAAGAAAGAGUUUUCACUUAAGAAUUCUCCUCAGAGAAGCCCCAUGUUUGAAGCUACUUAUUUUUGACCAACUUCUCUUGUCAGUUCAUUCAAGGCCUAUGCUGAGAUGGGUUGGUUCUCAAAGUUCUCGUCACCUGCAAUUUUAUUCAUUUUCUUAUCAAUUCUGUUGGUUCCUACAAGAACCCAUCUUCAAUCCAGUGAAGAAGGAUACAUCUCAGUAGUAAUAUCCAAUAAGGGUCUUGAUUUUGUUAAGAGUGUUCUGAUAAGCAAGGCUAUUUCCUCUAUAAUUCCACUCAAACUGAAAGAUAUCGAGAAGUCUAAGAAAAUCCCAGUAGUUGGGAAAGUUCAAAUGGUUCUAUCCAAUAUCACAAUUUACAAUGUUAAUAUUGAUACUUCAUAUGCUAAAAUUGGAGAUACAGGUGUUGUUCUUGUUGCAUCAGGUGCUACCGCGAAUUUGAGCAUGAAUUGGAAGUACUCUUAUGGUACUUGGUUACUGCCAAUUGCUGUUUCUGAUAGUGGGAGUGCCUCUGUUCUGGUUGAAGGUAUGGAAGUGGGAGUUACCAUAGCUUUGAAGGAUCAAGGAGGAAUGAUUAAGCUUUCUCUCUUAGACUGUGGAAGCUCUGUAAAAGAUAUCUCUGUAAAAUUGGAUGGUGGAGCCUCCUGGCUUUAUCAAGGAUUCCUAUUUUCCAGGGUGGUUGAAGCAUUUGGAGGGAAAAUAAGGUCUCAAGUUGAAGAUGCUAUUUCCAAGAAAACCAGAGAAGAGAUAACCAAGCUGGAUUCCUUAUUGCAAUCACUCCCAAAAGAAAUCCCAGUUAAUGAUGUUGCAGCAUUUAAUGUUACUUUUGUCAGCAGUCCUGUGUUGAGAAGUUCUUCAGUUGAACUUGAGAUUAAUGGUUUAUUUUCUGCAUCAAGUGACACUGCAGUCCCAAACUAUGACCACAAAAGACUACAGGCUUCUAUUUACUGUAAUACUGCAGCUAAGAUGAUUGGAAUUGCAUUUCAUGAAAAUGUUUUCAGUUCAGCUGCAUUAGUGUACUUCAAUGCAAAUUAUAUGCACUGGAUUGUGGACAAAGUACCAGACGAGUCACUUCUGAACACUGCUGGAUGGAGAUACAUUGUUCCGAAACUGUAUAAACUGUAUCCGAACGACGAAAUGAAUCUGAAUCUAUCGGUUACUUCUCCUCCAAUCAUAAAAAUUUCAGAGCAUGACAUUGAUGUCACAGUUUACUUAGAUGUGAUAAUCAAUGUUCUGGAUUCAAAUGAAGUUGUACCAGUUGCAUGCAUCUCAUUGGUAAUAAGCACUUCAUGUACUCCAAAAAUCUUGAGCAAUAACCUUAUUGGAAGCAUCAGAUUGAUUGAUUUUACUGCUGCUUUGAAGUGGAGCAACAUUGGAAAUCUUCAUAUGCAACUAGUUCAGUCAGUAAUGUCCACUCUCCUCAAAACAGUCUUCAUGCCAUAUGUGAACUUACACCUCUUGAGAGGAUUUCCUCUGCCGAUUGUUCGAGGUUUUUCGAUUCGAAAUGCUGACAUUUUCUACAUUGAUUCUAGGGUUGUAAUCUGCAGUGAUGUAGCCUUCACAGAACAAACUGAAUUCUAUCAGCAACCAAUUUACUACAGCUAGAGACUUUGCUACUUUGGGUAUGUAAAUGUAAAAAGAAGUGAAGUUGUGUCACUAUUUUGUAAAUAACACUUUAGCAUAAGUUUUGGUAUUUUUCAAA